AUGUCAUAUCUGCCCAUCUGCACCACUGCUCAUCUGCAUGUUAACCCUGCCCAUCUGCAUGUUAACCCUGCCCAUCAGCAUGUUAGUACUGCCCAUCAGCAUGACUUUGGAGAAUCAAUUACCUUGACCAAAAUCCAUUCAAGUGUAAAAGUCUAUGUUAGUACACCAAUUGUUGAUGGUAUUAAUAGAAUUAUCAGGACAUUUUAUGAAAAAUGCUAUAAAAAAGACCCCUGGUUAUGGAACCUAGACUGGACUAUGAAAGAGUUCAAAAUAAAGAGCAAAAAGAAAGAGUCGAAAAAGAAACAAAAAGGGGAGCAAGGCGAGUUGGAAUCGGUUGAAGAUAUUGACUGCAUACAGCAAGUGUUGAAACAGGAAGAUCGACACUAUAAAAAUAAUACGUACAUGAUGGGCUAUCCUGAAUGGUAUAGAAUACUAUGUACACGUUUCACUAGUGAUGAGUGGUGUCCAGGUCCCCACAAGAUCAGUCAUCAGACGAGAGUGACCCCAAAACUUCUACGUCUCACCUGGGACGGCUAUCCCGUCCACCAUGAUGACACACAUGGCUGGGGAUACCUGGUCCCGGGCAGAACAGAUAACUUGGAGGACCCAGUACUCGAACCUGGCGAAGAAACAUCCAUAGAAAGGCAGUUCCCAUAUGAGGAACUUUGUGAAAUCCUGGGUAUAGGAAAAGAAGCCUCCGCUGUAAGUAUUGAAGAUGAUGAAUGUAUUGAUAGUGAUGAUGAGGGAAAUGUUGAUAUGACAGAUAAAGAGUUUGAACUAAAGAUGGACAAGAUGCUGAAUGGACUUGUAAAUGCCGGUCCCAAAUCUUACAAACAUCGUAAAGAAGGUGAAGACCCGAAGAUAAAAAAAGCAGUCAAGGAAAGAAGAUCAAGAAAACGUUUAAAACAUACAGGAGAUGGACCUUAUGACAGUGUGAAUAUUCCAGGCUGCUGGUUCUUUAAAAUUCCUCACAAGGAUGGGAAGGGUAAGAGAGUUGGUAACCCUCUGGCAAAAGAUUAUGUUAAUCGUGUUGAAGAUGGGACACUGUCGGCACAAUCAGGUCCAGGUGCAGAUCUUGUCCUGAAAUUAAACAAGUCAUCAAACUACUGGAAAAUGAAUCACAAGCGUAUUGAGUCACAGAUGGCAAUAUGGUUUUCUGAUGAGGAGAUAUAUGACCAUAUCAAACAGGCACCAAAUUAUGUAGAGGGGAGUCAAAUAGGAGCAAUAGUUCCCAGAAUUGUCCCUGCUGGUACCAUUACACGGAGGGGUGUGGAACCAACCUGGCUGACAGCUAGUAAUGCAUAUGUGGACAGAAUUGGGAGUGAGUUGAAAUCAAUGGUUCAGGCACCACCAGGAUUCUGUUUUGUAGGGGCUGAUGUUGACUCACAGGAAUUGUGGAUUGGUGCUAUCCUAGGGGAUGCCAACUUUGGAAAGACACAUGGUUGUACAGCUCUGGGUUGGAUGACACUACAAGGCAGUAAGAAAGAGGGCACAGAUCUACACAGUGUGGUUGCCAAAACAGUUGAUAUCUCUAGAGACCAUGCCAAGGUGUUUAACUAUGGGCGUAUAUAUGGGGCAGGCCAGACGUUUGCACAGAAACUUCUCCAACAGUUUAACCAUAGACUUACAAUUGAAGAGGCAAGGCAGAAAGCCAAACUGAUGUUUGCUACUACAAAAGGCAAAAGAUGCUACCGAACAGGGCUGUGGAGUGGUGGGAGUGAAAGCUCUAUGUUUAACAAGCUGGAAGAAAUUGCCAAACAAGAGGAACCCUGCACUCCAGUGCUGGGCUGCCGGAUCAGCAAGGCCUUAGAACCAGAAAAUGUCAGCGAAGAUUUUAUGACAAGUCGUAUAAAUUGGGUCGUACAGAGUUCAGCAGUGGAUUAUCUCCACUUGAUGCUAUCAUGUAUGAGUUGGUUGUUUGAAGAGUACAAUAUCAAAGGACGGUUUUCUAUCAGUAUUCAUGAUGAAGUCAGAUACCUGGUGGCUGAGGAGGAUUGUUACAGAGCAGCUCUAGCUCUACAGAUCACCAAUCUACUAACGCGUUCAAUAUUUGCAUACAAACUUGGUCUUAAGGAUCUGCCUUUAACUGUGGCUUUCUUCAGUGCUGUUGAUAUUGACCAGUGUCUACGGAAGGAAGUAAACCUAGAUUGUGUCACACCAUCAAACCCACAUGGACUUGAAAAGGGCUAUGAUAUACCACAAGGUACAGCUCUAGAUAUUCACCAGAUAUUAGAGAAAACAGGAGGUAGUCUGAAUAAAGAUGUACAAGAGACUGAACAAAACUUUACACAGUUUAAUGAUACUGAAUUUAUUGAAAGCAGCGGAGACAGUUCCGAAGAGAAUAUGGAAAAUAAUGAAACUAUUUCUGGGACAGUGCAUGCAUGAACUACUUUAAUUGCUAGAGCUGAGGUGUAAUAAAUAUGAUUAAUUUUGGACAGCUACUGAUUUGUC